AGGAUUAGGCUCUGGGCUGCUUUUGUCUUGUAACAUCUUGGUGCCAGUGAGAAAACUGGACCUAUAGGUAGUUAGUGUUUUUUUGGACAGACAGUCUCUGGAGGCCUACAGAGCUGCAUGUUCACCCAGUGAACAGGUAAAUGCAAAUCUAAGGAAAAAACACUCAGGGCUUUGAGGUAUGCGUGCAUAGGCUCUCUUAGCUGAAGGCUGGGUUUCACCACGAAUUCGCCUGAAGCGCAAGAGGGGGGAAAACAGUGGAGCCAAUGAGAAGGCAGCCUCCAACCCAGCACUCUAUAACUCUGUGUCACACGGGCUGAGCGAUGCCACAACUAAGUUUCUACAGCUGGGAGAGUUUCAGUGGACUAUAGGCUUUCCAAAGCUGUGUAUUCACAGAGAGAGAGGGGGGAGAGAGAGCGAGAGAGAGAGAGGGAGAGAGAGAGAGCGCGCACAUCAGUUCUUUUAUUGCGAUUUUGCUUUGCGCACUCCACAACGAUCCCAAGAAUCUCCCAGUGGACCUUCUUUCUUCCAUCUGGAGGGCUGCUUUCACUAUGAGCGCCGGACAGACGUAUGAAAAGAAGAUUGCGUGUAUUUUGACCGAUCUACCAGGAUCUAUGAGUUGCCACCCGAACUCCAAGGACUCUCCUACGCUCCCCGAGUCUUCGGUGACGGACAUGGGCUACUACAGCGGACAGACGGCCCACGGCCAGCACGAAUAUUAUCAGAGUCAACCGUACGGACAGCCGAUGAACUCUUACCAUCAUCAGUUUAAUCUGAACGGAAUGGGAGCCGCUGGAGCGUACGCCACCAAAUCUGAAUACCCUUACACAAAUAGCUACAGACAGUUCGGACAUUACAACAGAGAUCACCUGCAGGCCUCGCCUCCGAGCUCUGUGAAAGAAGAGCCAGAGCCUGAGGUCCGUAUGGUGAAUGGAAAACCGAAAAAGAUCCGCAAGCCGAGGACGAUCUACUCCAGCUACCAGCUCGCAGCUCUGCAGAGACGCUUCCAGAAGGCGCAGUACCUCGCUCUGCCCGAGAGAGCGGAGCUGGCGGCUCAGCUCGGCCUCACUCAGACACAGGUCAAGAUCUGGUUCCAGAACCGGAGAUCCAAGUUCAAGAAACUGUACAAAAACGGCGAGGUUCCCCUUGAGCACAGUCCUAACGCCAGCGACUCCAUGGCCUGCAACUCCCCGCCCUCCCCCGCGGUGUGGGAGAACAGCACCCCUCAGAACACCCCGAUCAGCAGACCUCAGGUCCCGCAGCCGACGCACAGCUCGUCGCCGCCAUACCUGGAGGAUUAUAACAACCACUGGUACCAGCAGGGAUCACACCUACAGCACCCGGGCACCGUGCACCACCCAGUCCCGCAACAAAGUGUGGGAGCUGUUUAUUAACAAUGACUCAAGAGCAGAUUUAUCUCCUCAGUUGUUGUUUUUUUCUUCUUCUCCAAACGAGGUCUCUCCACAAUGACUCUGCAGAGCAAAGGUUGAGUGGACCGGGAGCAGGCCUGAAGUGAAA